AUGAAGGAAUUACAACUCAAAGAAACUCCCUCACUCACUUUUAAUAACUUGUUGGUGCAUACAAAAGGAAAUUUAUUGUGCUACAUUUCGAAUGGAAGUAUUGUUACGAGAAGUUUAUCUGAAUUUUUUGCUGGAAAGGGAGAAGAGACCAUCAUUCCGAAUAUUUCCGAUUAUGAGGUCAAGCAUUUGGCAAUUUGUCUGAAUGGAAAAUGUUUGGCUGCCUCCUGCGACAUUGGAGUGUUGUUUUAUGACAUUUCAAGUUUUUCCCUGUUGUACUUUUACAAAAUUGAAGGAAAUGUCACCUUUUCUUUUGGUCCAAUAGCAAGUGACGAUGAUCGAGUUUAUGUGGGUGAUUCAUCUGGUAAUAUCACUUCUUUUGUCCUCCAAUCGAUGGAUGACAUCAAAUUUGAAUCUUCCGCAAAUAUUUCAACAGUGGCCAUUAGUGCUUUGCAAGUUUUCUCUGGUUCCAAACUUUGUGCAGGACUGGCCAAUGGAGACAUUGCCUUCAUUCACAAUCUUAACACGAUCAUUAAAUUGCACAAAAACAAAGUUGAAGCUCUCGAGUAUCCAUGUACAGGAAUUCAAAUCGUGAAGGAUGUUGCUGUCACAGCAUUUGGAAGCGGACACGUUCGAUUGUAUAGCUUGAAAAAUGGGUUCAACAAGAUGGCAGAAAUUGCAGCACAUUCGAAAGGAGUUUCUGCUCUUCAUGCAUGCGAAGAUAAGGGUAGUAUUGUUUUUGCAACUGCCAGUGAGGAUUGUUCCGUAUUCAUCUGGAAGUAUGACAUUGAAUUUUCAGCCAUUAAGGGCGAACGCAUUAAGGACUGCCUUCUCACUGGAGUACAGUUUGUGGACAAUAAUCGUGUGUUGGUCUCUUCCUUUGAGAAGAAAAGCUGCUAUUUAUUGGAAUGCUAG